AGAGGGAGAGAUCCUGGGGAUUUUUGUUCUCUACAGAGUUUGGAGAGAGAGAGAGAGAGAGAGAUAGAGAAUGGCAUCGUCACCAUCGGCAGAACAAGCCCUUCUGGAAUCGGCACGUCCAUUCCUACGAGGAGAGCUCGAGAACAUCGAUCCAAAGCUUCCGUCUCUGAUCUCCGUCCUGAAAUCCGUCGGCGCCGGAGAGUGUUGGCACAAACACGGAUCCUUCCUAGACCAUUUGAUCGACAUUUACAAAAUCCUCAAGAUUUGGAAAGCUCCCGAUUCCAUCUGCCUCUGCGGUCUCUUCCACUCUGCCUACUCCAACUCCUACGUCAACUUGGCCAUCUUCGAUCCUUCCACCGGCCGAGACGUCGUCCGCAACCACGUCGGAGAGGUGGCCGAGUCACUGAUCCACUUGUUCUGCAUCGUCCCCAGGCAAACCCUAAUCCAUGACGACGUUCUCUUCAGGUACUCGGACCUUGAACUCCUCGACCACCUCGAGAAAUCCGCGUGCUCGACAAGAAACGCGAAGGACAAGGGACGUUUCGACAGGGAAGAAGCCUGGAGGAAGAAGCUGAACCAUGUCUUGCCCGAGAACGGGGUGAUCGUGAAACACAUCAAGAACGGCGAAGACAUCGUUGUAUCGAGGAGGAUGGUCGGAGUUUUCCUCCUGAUGACAAUGGCGGAUUUCAGCGACCAGCUUUUCGGUUUCCAAGACGAGCUGUUCGAGAAUUUCGACGGGCGUCUCGAGUUUCGCGGGAACAACGUCACAGCGUUGUGGCCCGGGAACGGAAAGCCGGGACUGUGGAUGAGCUCGAUCUCGAGAAUGGGAGCGAUUUACAGUUUGAUAGUAAGAGAAGAAGAGAUUCUGAUGGAAGAGAGGAAAAGGGUCGGUGAUGUUUCAGUGAAAAAGGAGAGGGAUGAGGACAUUGAGCUUGUGGUGCCUCCAGUGUUCAACCACUGCACCAAGGUGUUGGAUGCAAGAGAGCAGAUAGAAGCAAGAGACAUGUACUGGGAAGCUGUAUGCAGCGAAGGCAACUUGGAGAAGGCAGAGGAGUUGCUGUUGAAAUGUAUAGAGAAGAACCCAUUCGUAGGGGAGCCUCAUGUUGUGCUGAGCCAAGUUUAUAUGGCGAAUAAGAUGUACGGAGAAGCAGAGAGGGAGGCGGAGAAAGGGAUGGUUCUUCUUCUGGAAUGGGGAAGCCCUUGGGACAAGAGGAUGUCUUGGGAAGGUUGGAUUGCUUGGGCUAGGGUUUUGCUCUUGAACUCUCACGACAGGUCCUGGCCCUCUCUCUCCUGGGGCAUCUUGAACUUGGGUCUUGUCCGUUAGAUCCUUCUUUUUUUUUCUUUUUUUUUUUGCAAGAUUAUAUGCAGAAAUAAUGUCGUUGGCAUGAUCUCUCUUUUUUUUUUUUUUUGUUAAACGUUGGCAUGAUCUCUUCGAGUACAGCUAACUAUGUUUCUAUAUGUUUUAGAUGAAUAAGGAGAAGAUAUUGUGUUUCAUC